AACCACCCUUGGAUCACGAAGAAUGGCGAGGAUCCUCUCAGGGAUGCGGCUGACAACCUUCUCAACGCCUCGAUCCAGCUGUCGGCCACCGACAUCGACCAUGCUCUCACCCGAGCGGUGACCAGCGUCGCGGGGGCUGUGACUGCUCUUCGGGCAGCUUCGCGCCUGCGCAUGCUGGCUCGCCGCCGUCGAGAGGAAGCUCAGGCUGCCGAUGGUGGUAGCACACCCUCUGCCCAGGUGGCGCCUGAUUCUGCGACUGUUUGA